AUGGCCCGGAUUCGGGGGCGACGAGGGGCACCCCUUGGCUUGCUUCUGGCCCUGGGCGCUUUCCUGGCAUCACAGCGUGCAAGUCUUUCCUUCGUCCACGCGCCGCGGCGUCUCGGCACAGCGCAGUCUGCCGGCGCCGCCGUGUUGGACACAGCCACAACGCUGCAACUUCCCUCAGGGGCGCAUGCUGCUACCGAGCAGGCAGUGCUUGACUUCUUCAACGUGACCCUAGAUCGUGGCCUUUCGGAGGAACAAGUCGCAGAACAAAGGUCCGUCUUCGGAUGGAACCAGCUGGCGGAGCAGGCAAAGAAGACGCUGUGGCAGCUGGUUCUGGAACAGUUCGACGACCUUCUGGUGCGGAUCCUUCUCUUGUCUGCAUUUGUGUCCUUCCUCCUGGCGUACUUCAAUUCUGAACAGAAAGAGGAAGGCCUCUCGGCUUAUGUCGAGCCGCUGGUGAUCUUGCUGAUCCUUGCCAUCAAUGCAUGCGUCGGCGUGUGGCAAGAAUCCAACGCCGAGAAGGCUCUCGACUCCCUCAAGAAGAGCUCCAAUGGCGCCUGGCACAUCGGUGGUUUCUGCUUCGGCCAGGGCACCGAGGAGUCGAGCAAAGCCGCCGAGAUCCGGGCCCACGUGACGUGGGAAGGCCAGCGAGGUUUGAAUGAGAUGGGGCCGGUGAAGCUCGUGGCUUUCGAUGCCACGGAGCAGCGUUGGGGCACGGUGCGGGACACCUGGGGGCAAGAGGCCUGCGAAGACAAGAUCGGCUCUGCCAACAUGGUGCGCCUGCUCAACAAGACCAAGGUCAAGUUCAACUUCCGCAUCAAAGCUUCUGCUGCUGUCUUGUGUCCUCCAGUGUGGGGCAAGAUGGUAGAGCCUCCAAGGACCAGCGCCCCUCGCGACUGGCACUUCGCACUCCUGACCUGCGGUGAGGUGGAGCAAGCACCUUUGGUGCUGACUUUGGAGGCGACGAAGGGCGCUAUGAACAUGUUCGCGGCAAACUCCAAUUUCGACUCCACCAGCUGCCCCGUCACGAAUGUGUCUUGGUUCGCUGCUGCCAGUGACGAUGCAGGGUUUUGGUUCCUCCUCCUGGGGGCUCUCUUGAUGGGGGCCGGCUCAGUUCUGUGCGUAGUCUUGUGCCGGCAGUUUCGUGCCAAAGGGAAGGGGGAGGAGGCGAGCAGCCUGCAACUUCCUCCUCCGGCAGUCAGUGGUGCGGAACCCGUCAUCGGCAGGCCUUGUGCGGCAGUUGGUGAGGAGCCCGUGCAAAACGAGAAGAUUGUGGACGGCCAGAUUAGAGCCAACCCACAGCUAAGUGAGGCAGCCACUGCCAACACCUCUGAGCUGGAACUCGAGCUCCUGUUACCAGGAUCUAAGGUGGUGAAGGAGUUCGCCACCCUCGCUGUAGAUCGACCGGCUAUCGACAAGCAGCAGCGUGUGCUUUUCUGUGAUUCGGAGCUGCUGGCCGGGUCCGCGUACGCGGAGAUAAGGCGGAAAGCGGGCAAUGGCCGCAUUGUGUUUUUCCUUUCAAAAGACAUCGCUCUGCUACAUCCAGAAGGCCAGCGAGGUUUGAAUGAGAUGGGGCCGGUGAAGCUCGUGGCUUUCGAUGCGCGAGAGCAUCGUUGGGGUGCCGUGCGGGACACUUGGGGGAAAGAGGCCUGCGAGGACAAGAUUGACUCUGCCAACAUGGUGCGCUUGCUCAACAAGACCCAGGUCAAGUUCAACUUCCGCAUCAAGGUGCACCAGACCAGUGCCCCUCGCGACUGGCACUUCGCACUCUUGACAUGUGGCGAAGUGGAGCAGGCACCCAUGGUGCUGAGAUUGGAGGCGACGAAGGGCGCAUUGAACAUGUUCGCGGCGAACUCCAAUUUCGACUCCAGCAGCUGCCCCGUCGCGAAUGUGUCUUGGUUCGCUGCUGCCAGUGACGAUGCAGGGUUUUGGGUCCUCCUCGUGGGGGCUGUCUUGAUGGGGGCCAGCUCAGUUCUGUGCGUCCUCGUGUGCCGGCAAUUUCGUGCCAAAGGGAAUAGUCUCCACCUUCCUCCUCCGGCAGUCAGUGGUGCGGAACCCGUCAUCGGCAGGCCUUGUGCGGCAGUUGGUGAGGAGAAGAUUGUGGACGGCCAGAUCAGAGCCAACCCACAGCUAAGUGAGGCAGCCACUGCCAACAGCUCUGAGCUGGCAUCUCCAGAGAGCGAUGUCUAG